UGUCCAUCCUUGCGCUGCCAGUUUGGCUGUCAAGGGGGGGCGGGGGGGUUGAUGAGCUGCAUGUGCCCCCCGGGUCUCCGUCUGGCCGCCAACAACAAGACCUGUGAAGAUAUAGAUGAGUGCGCGUCACAGGCUGACCUGUGCACACCUCGUAGGGUCUGCAGGAACACCUUCGGCAGCUACGUGUGCAUGUGCCAAGACGGCUUCGUCAUGGGAACACUCCAGGGUGCAGUUUUGUGUCGAGAUAAGGACGAGUGUGUUACCGGGUCCCACGGGUGUAGCCGCCACGCCCGCUGCCUCAACACGGACGGCUCCUACACCUGCCGCUGUGGCGAGGACUACGCCGGCGACGGACGCACCUGCCGGCUCAGGAAGGCCUCGCCGCCGCCGCCGCCGCCACCGCGGCACGCGUCUCACGCCGCGCAGUACUACAGGUACAAGCUCCGCAAGAGAACCAGGCCCCUGCUGGGGUCUCCGUCGGGGCCCGUCGGCUGACAGACACAACGACAACAGUCGGACGCAACACAUGUUUCACGCUCAGGAAAUCAGAUCAGCGGCAGAGUAAGGGACGUUUGGAGGAAGAAGACGAAGAGGAAAGAGGUGGACAUGAUUGGUGCGGCUGACGCAGAGGAGACAUGCCUGUACUGUGUUGUUUUGAACCCAGACUAAUGGGAUAACUGGAGUAGUUGUAAAGGAAUUUGCCACAUAACCGGAAGGUCAUUUUUUGGCUGGUCGGAUGUUCUCGAGUCAGUCAACAAUAAAGAGCUCAGGAAUGCCGUCUGGGAGCUCGGGAUUGACAGCUGUCAGUCACAGUAACCUUCUCAGCCCCCUCGAUACACUUAAACCAGACUGCUUGUACUUUGUGCUUUUGUUGGGGGGGGGGGUAUUUUUUUUCUUUAAGUGGCAACGCAUGGUUUUGUCUGCGUAUGUGUCUGCGUGUCAAUCCUGUCUGUAAAUCACUGCUGCUAUGUAUCCACAAGGUUACGCGACGAAACAGGAUAUUUGCAGGGAUGCUCUUGAGAUUAAGGUGGACCAAAGAAAAGCUCUACCGCCGCAGUCCGGCCCCAUGUUUUGUGUUGUUUUUUUUAUCUUCUGCAAAUCCUUCAAACGAGACAAUAAGGCAAGUAUGGAAAUGGUUAAACAGAUGUUUUUGUACCCUCUCCUUUUACUGGGUUCUCUCUCUCCCUCUUCCCCUCUGUUAUCCAAAGGAAAUGUUUUCAGACUUGAGAAGUCGCACACGCAGACCUCGCUACCACACAGCAAGAGAGCACAGACAGGUCAGGCCAACCAAAUUUCCGCCAAAAAAUCUCUCUUGUCAGCAGCUGCCCGGAACUUU